CUACUAUUCACUUCAACAACUACCUACAUAACGAACACCCUCCGCUACAUCCACAGUCAUUAGACGACCAGAGUAUAGCAAAAUCUUCAUCGCUUCAUCCUAAUUGAUACUAUCUACACAUUCGAACUCUACGAAGAAUGACGACUCUUGCCGGCAACCCUCUUAGCGAGGCCAUCGGAUACUCCUUCUCCAAUGCGAACAAUGCUCCCCACAGAGAGCACUCUUUCUAUCCUUAUACGGAUAACGGCGGCUCUACCCUAGGCAUUACUGGCUCCGAUUUCGCGAUCCUGGCUGGAGAUACUCGAUCCGUUGCAGGAUACAACAUUAACUCUCGUUAUGUUCCCAAGGUGUUCAAAAUUGGCGGUGAUGACGAGUCUGGCGAAGGUGCCAACAUCGUCUUGUCAGUCGUGGGCUUCGCAGCAGAUGGACAGGCCCUCAAAGAGCGACUAGAUGCAGUGGUGAAGAUGUACAAAUACCAACACGGAAAGCCCAUGUCCGUGAGAGCCUGUGCCCAACGCUUGUCAACAAUUCUUUACCAGAAACGGUUCUUUCCCUACUAUGUGCAUGCUAUUUUAGCGGGCUUGGACGAGGAUGGUAAGGGUGCCUUGUACAGCUACGAUCCGGUUGGCUCGUACGAGAGAGAGCAAUGCAGGGCUGCAGGGUCUGCAGCAAGUCUGAUCAUGCCGUUCCUGGACAACCAGGUCAACUUCAAAAACCAAUAUAUUCCGGGUAGCGGGGAAGGGCAUGCCCUUGAGCCCAAGAAAGCGGAGCCACUACCAAGAGAUACCGUUGAGCAGCUGGUGCGGGAUGCAUUCACUAGCGCCGUCGAAAGACAUAUUGAGGUCGGAGAUGGCUUGCAGAUGAUGGUUAUUACCAGGAGUGGAGUCGAGGAAAUUUAUUAUCCGUUGAAGAAGGAUUAGGCAUACCGGAGCCCAUUUUAAUCAAUGCUUCACCAGCCUAGUUUAGUGUUAUACUCUUGCGAUAAUUUUCUGAAUAUGAAUAGAUAAAAUAUCCAGUGGAGUAUUCCUUCCCUCGUUUCUG